AACACGGACCAUGCCUCAUCACCACAGCUGCGUCGCUUUACACCCUCAAAGCAGGCACUUGAUUGAAUCACAUCUCUACAAAUGGCCAAACUGCUACGACAACCCAUCAAAUUGGCACUGGUCCAACUAGCCACCACAUCCGAUAAGGCCCACAACCUCUCCCACGCACGUGUGAAGGUUCUCGAAGCUGUCAAACAACACAGCGCCAAUAUCAUCGUUCUCCCCGAAUGCUUCAAUUCUCCCUAUGGCGUAAAGUAUUUCUCCAAAUAUGCCGAAACUCUUCUCCCAUCGCCCCCCUCUGAGACUCAAUCCCCGUCAUACCACGCCCUAUCCGCCCUGGCCAGGGAAUCAAACGCAUACAUCAUCGGCGGUAGCAUCCCGGAGCGCGACCCAGAGACCGACGAUCUGUACAAUACGAGCUUGACUUUUAACCCCAAAGGUGAACUCCUAGCCACGCACCGCAAAGUACAUCUUUUCGACAUCGAUAUCCCUGGCAAGAUCACGUUUCGUGAAAGCGAAGCGCUGACAGCCGGCAACAAGCUCACCCUCAUUGACCUGCCUGAGUUCGGCAGGAUCGCCGUCGCCAUCUGCUACGACAUCCGAUUCCCAGAGAUGGCCAUGAUCGCGGCGAGGAGCGGCGCGUUUCUGCUGCUGUACCCGGGUGCGUUCAACAUGACGACGGGCGCAUUGCAUUGGAGUCUGCAAGGCCGCGCAAGGGCGAUGGACAAUCAGGUUUAUGUGGGGCUUUGUAGUCCGGCUAGGGAUAUGAAUGCGGAUUACAAUGCCUGGGGGCAUAGUAUGAUUGUCGAUCCGAAUGCGGAGGUGCUGGGCGAGUUGGAUGAGACAGAGGGGAUAAUUGCAGCCGAAUUGACUGGGGAACGGAUUGAAGAGGUACGAAAGGGCGUUCCAGUAUAUGGACAGAGGCGAUUCGAUGUCUAUCCAGAUGUGAGUGAAGGAAAGAUCAACAUUGAAGAAUAAAACGGCUACAUGCAGGCUUGACAGGGACCUCGUCCUUCACCAGAGGUAACAAAGCAAAACUGCAACAUGCACAUCAGACGCAUGGCCACUUCAAUCUUUCCUGAAGUAGUCUUCGAGGCCUGGUCAAUUUCCAUAGGAUGGAUGAAAUGCAGAGCAGGAUACGCAGUCUCACAUUAAGCAACCUUCAACCAUCCGACUCUUCCUGAUCCUCUACCUUGCUCAUUGUCACCCGCUUCAGCUCCAGAUAUAAUUCGACCCGUCGUAACUGCACGACCUCUGCAGCUACCCAGGUCUGUGGUAUGAGCCUUACGAUUCGAUACUGACCUCUUUCAUACUCCAGGCCACUUCAAAGUAUGAAUUACUACGGCUUGAAGGGGAACAGAAACCCGGGGCACGAGGAGGGAACCACCUGAACGAGUGAGAGAGUGGCUGGGUUUAUAUGCCUGAGGCAUGGACAGGGC